AUGUCUUGCUCCGAGUGCUUCAAAGGCCACAGCCAUGACGGAGAGCCGACUGGAGAAGUCCAGGAAAUGUUUGGACGGCCAACCUACGUUGCUUCCCCACAAGAUGAUAAGCCCAUCAAAGGCAUUAUUGUCAUUGUCCCAGAUGCAUUUGGAUGGGAAUUUGUGAACAACAGGCUUCUUGCUGAUCAAUAUGCCUUGAAUGGCAAUUUUCUGGUCUAUCUUCCAGAUUUCAUGGAUGGCAGAUCGGCCCCUAUAUGGCUUCUUGACAUCGUGGGCCCGCUGACUGAUACAACUCCAAGUUGGAACUGGAUAUGGAAGCCCUGGUAUCUCGCGCAGACCAUAUACGGUAUGGCACCUUUCUUCUACUACAACAGCUUGGCAGCGUCAUGGCCCAGAAUUCGGUCCUUCUUUGAGGCCGUCCGUUUGCGCGAGGGUCCCCAGCGACGCAUUGGAGCGGCUGGAUUCUGCUGGGGCGGUAAACCCGUGUUGACUCUAGCGCAUCCAGAUUCUAUUACCAAAGAUGGCAUGCCGCUUGUUGAUGCUGUUUUUACGGGCCAUCCAAGCGGGAUGUCGCUGCCUCGAGACGCAGAACAAAUCAUCAAGCCUGUUUCAGUAGCUAUCGGCGACAGGGACAUUGUCACCUCGAUGUCUCGGGUUAAUUUAAUGAAAGAGACUUGGAGGGAUUUGGAAACUCCCACAGAAAUGGUAGUGUAUCCUGGAGCUGGGCACGGAUUUUGCGUGCGGGUUGAUGAGAAGAACGAAAAUCUGUUUCAACAGAGCAAGGAGGCUGAAAAACAGGCUUUGGAUUGGUUUGCCACGCAUUUUGGUUAA